AUGAAUUUCAUAAAGGAGGAUAGUCGAGUCCUCAUUCAAAGGAUGGGAAUGACUCUUAUAAAGCAAAUUGUGUAUGAGCUAUUUGUGUGGAAUGUUCUGAAUCAUGAAGAAAUAAAAAUCAUUUGCUGUGAGAAGGUCAAGCAGGAGGCUGUGAGAGGGAUCAUUCCCCUGACUUUGAAGAAGGGCUCUGAAUCCUAUAACCUCUUUCUCAAAUGCCUUGAAAAGUAGAACUAUCCGUUUCAGGAUUUGAGUGAACAAAGGCUUUUUCAGCAGAUAUCAGAAGAAGAUUUAGAUGAUUUGACUUACAACCUAAAGGAUUUAUACCAUAUCCCAUCUUUUCUGAACUUCUAUCCCCUGAGUGAAGAUAUUGACAUUAUUUUUAAUUUGAAAAGCACCUUUACAGAAGGUGUUCUAUGGAGGAAGGACCAUCACCAUCACCGAGUGGAGCAGCUGACCCCAAAUGGUCUGCUAGACACUCUUCAGAGCCCCUGCAUCAUCAAAGGGGAGUCGGGCAAUGAGUCCACUCUGCUACAGCAAAUCGACACACUCUGGGCCUCUGGAAAGUGUGGGGUUCUGACCAAGUUCAAAUUAAUCUUCAAAUUACUUCUUCUUCCAGCUAGGGUGCAAGGUGGGCUCUUUGCAACUAUGUGGGAUCAGCUCGUGCAUAUACCUGACAUAAACAGGAAGCCGACUUUCCUGGCCAUGCUGCUGAAACUACACAGAGUUCUUUUUCUCCUUGGCGGCUACAAUGAAUUCAGGGCCCAGAACUGCCCAGAGACUGAAACCCUCCUAAAGGAAAACCACUGUUUCCAGAAUAUGGGUGUUGUCACCCCCACCACUGAGGGCCUGAGGCACAUCAGGCUGUUUGGUGCCCUGACUGCUGAGGGGGUUAUGACGGAGGACAGUGCCCAGACUCUCAUCUGGAAAGUGCUGACAAAGGAGCAUGCUGAAGGUUUGUCGCUCCAAAUUCAGAAAUCCAGGUGCUUGAGGAGUCUGAUGAAGACCCCUCGCUUUGAGGUCAUCACUUGUGUCAUCCAGAUGGGGGAAAAUGAGUUCCACUCUAACACACAAACAACACUGAUCCUUACCUUCUAUGAUCUGCUGAUAUACAAAAACCAGCACAGACUUAGAGAGGGGGCUGCAGGUGACUUCACUCAGAGCCUGGACCACUGUGGAGACCUAGCUUUGUGCGGGGGAGGAGGGGGCGUGUUUUCCCACAGGUUUGAUUUCCAACUGGAAGACAUGUCCAGUGUGAAUGAGGACACCCUACCGACAACUGGACUCCUCUGUAAAUACACAGCUCAACGGUUCAAGCCCAAGGAUAAAUUAGGAUGCAGGCUCGGCAAUUCACUGAAGUCUCAAGAGCCAGAGGAGGUGACCAAGGAAGGUCACUUGCAGAAAAUGGUUUUCAUUUCAGACAUUACAUCCAAGUAUAGCAAGCUGCUCCCGUACACGGCUGGAUCACCUACCCAAGCCACCUGGACUGUUUUGAAAGACUUUGCAGGAGUGUAUCAAGAUGGCAGCCUCCUCGGGCUUGGGCUCUCCAACACCAAGAAGCCUCUCUGGAGGCAAGAAUCUAUGCAAAAUGUGAAAAACACCACCGUGCAAGAAACUCUGAAAGCCAUAAAGAUCAAUUCCUUUACAGAGUGUGGCAUUAAUUGAUUCUAUAAGCAUAUAUCCACAUCAGACCUGACUGAGGAAUUUGAAGCUUCCUUUUGUGGUAAAAGCUUAUAUAUCAACUCAGAGAACAUCCCUGAUUAUUUAUUUGACUUCUUUGAACACUUGAUUAAUUGGGUCAGUCCUCUGGACUUCGUUAAACUCAACUUCUAUGGAGAAGCUCUGGUCUCACGGGACAAGACCACAGGAGACACAAGCAGGCGUGGAGAAGAGUCCUCAGAAACCUACAUUCCCAGCACGGCCAUGUCUUUGUUCUGCAACUGGAAGCAGGAAUUCAAGACUCUGGAGGUCACAUUCUGGGACUUCAGCAAGUUGAAUAAGCAAGAAAUCAGAUACCUGGGAAAGACAUUCAGCUCUGCUACAAGCCUCAGAUUGUGCAUGAAGAGGUAUGCUGGUGUGGCUGGAAGCUUUAGUUCUGUCCUCGACACCUGUGAGAAUGUUCAUUUUGUCACCGUGGAAGCCAGCCCGCAGCACAUCACACCCGUGACAAACCUGAAAACCUGGAGUAUUCAGGGCCUCCGGACUGUACGGCUGCCAGCUGAAGAUCUGACAAACCUGAAGAAGAUGAGUUUAUUUCAUACAAUGCAUUUGUCUCACAUUGGGAAGGGAAUGGAUUACAUAGUAAAGUCUCUGUCAACUGAACCCUGUGACUUUGAAGAAAUCCAAUUAGUCUCCUGCUGCCUGUCAGCAAAUGCCGUGAAAACCCUAGCAGCAGACCCAGAAGGUUGUCGUACUAAAGCAGGGAAAGGGUUGGAGACAGAAGAGGAGGAGUUGAUGACGUGCGGAGAAAUUGUUUCACUUCCAACUAACAUGCUUACUUCUACUUUUUCAUCUAGGUUCAUUUUUGAAAAGAAACAUUUGAAAAACGUUCAGCAGUUGGAUUUGACAGGAAAUUAUAUGAGCAGUGAUAGAUCGCUUGCCUUCAUGAAUGUAUUUCAGAAUCUUAAGCCAUUAACUUAGUCUUAUUUUUUUAACCUCAGUGCUACAAGAUUUUUGCCUGGUACAGCAUUAGUCAGGAAACUUAGCCAUGUGUCAUCGAAGUUAACUUUUGUGCAAAAAGCUAGGCACGUUGUGUGGCAGUUUGAUGGUGACGAUAUUAGUGUCCCUAAAGGUGCUUUUAAACUAGUAACUUAGGGGCACCUGGGUGGCUCAUUCGUUAAGCAUCUGCUUUUGGCUCAGGUCAU